AUCACUACCUACUCGUGCAGGUGCUGCUGCUGCUUGUAUUUGUGCUGUUCGGCAUACCAGCGACUGCGAACUGCCGGACGCAGCGAUAACAGCGGAGUAGAUCGCGAGGACAACUCCGCCGCUUUGUAGAGUCGUGCCGUGCCGCGUCUGACAGGUCGCGCGUCUUCGUGUUCACGCUUUCUUGCAGCCCAGCCAUGUCGUUCAAGUCCAAAGCGGUCUCGCUCUGCCAGCGGUUCGUUCGUCCUGGCCUGGCGUUGAAAAAUGCUCACCGGAGAGGCUACUACUCGUACUGCAACGAACCUUUUCAGCCACUGAAGCGCGAUCCGAAGUGGAUGAAGGCUGAUGAAGCGGUCACCGCGAUCAAGUCCGGCGAUACAGUGUUCAUCCAUGGAGCGGCAGCCACUCCUCGAGGUCUCAUCCCCGCCAUGGUGGAGCAUGGAAAGAAGGCUGGUCUCAAGAACGUCACUGUCUGCCACAUCCACACUGAGGGUGCCGCAGAAUACAACCAACCAGACUGUCAGGGCAUCUUCCGGAGCAUGUCAUUCUUUGUCGGAGCCAACUGUCGAGAGGCCAUCAAUGCUGGUCGGGCCGACUUUGUGCCCAUCUUCCUGAGUGAAAUCCCCCAAGUGUUCCACCGUGGUGUGGUCCCCGUCGAUGUCGCCUUGGUGCAGGUGACACCGCCGGACAUUCAUGGCUACUGCAGCUUGGGCACCAGCGUUGACUGUGCGCGGGCAGCUCUCAUUAAUGCCAAGUACAUAAUUGGGCAGGUAAAUGAGCACAUGCCUCGCACGUGGGGCGACGGAAACAUCCACAUCUCGCAUUUCGAUGCCCUGGUUAAGCACAACGCCAAGAUGCCCGAGCACAUGCCAGCCGUGUUGACUGACGUGGAAAAGCGGAUUGGCCAUAACAUUGCCGACAACUUGGUUGAAAACGGUGCCACGCUGCAGCUUGGUAUUGGGUCAAUUCCGGAUGCUGUGCUGAGCUGCCUCAAGGGCCACAAGAACCUGGGAAUCCACUCAGAGAUGUUCAGUGACGGUGUGGUUGACCUGGUGGAAGAGGGCUGCAUCACCAACAACAACAAGGUCAUCGAGAAGGGCAAGAUUGUAGGCAGCUUCUGCAUUGGCACCCAGAGGCUUUUCGACUUCAUGAAUUGCAAUGCUGGGCUUGUGAUGCUGGACGUUUCCUAUGUCAACAACCCUCAGAUCAUCUGCCAGAACCCAAUGGUCACGGCCAUCAACUCUUGCAUUGAAGUUGACAUCUGUGGUCAGGUUGUGUCCGAUUCUAUUGGCACAAAAAUUUACUCAGGUUUUGGUGGGCAGCUCGACUUCCUGCGGGGAGCGGCCAUCGGCCAAGACGGAAAGGGCAAGCCCAUUCUGGCCAUGCCUUCUGUGUCCCCCAAGGGCGUGAGCAAGAUCUGCACCUACAUCAAGCAGGGUGCCGGCGUCGUGACGACUCGCGCCCAUGCUCACUAUAUUGUGACAGAGUACGGAAUCGCCUCGCUCUUCGGCAAGAGCAUCCGCCAGCGCGCCCAUGCGCUCAUCAACAUAGCUCACCCCGACCACAGGGAAACGCUGGAAAAGGAAGCCUUCGAGAGGCUCAAGUGCAUGCCCUCGCCAUAAAGAUCUUACCUUGUUCUGUAGAGGCAGUCGUACUUCAUCACUUUUACGUGUUGUACCAUGUUCGGUGAUUUCGGUUAUGUGCGACCGCAGGCAGCGUUCACGGGAUAGGUCUAAAGGAACUUCGUGUAUAGCAUUGCUUUGGCACAUUUGAAUUCUACCAAUGUUCUUUGCACAGUUAAAAAUAACAACCACGACUUGUUCAGUGGGGCUAUGGUUCACGAAUAGUUUUUAACAUGUUUCCAGUUUCCAGGCCAGUUGCAUUGAACCCAGGUGUAGGCUAUGCGCUACACAAAAAAUGAGUUAAGGGCAGUUGGCUUCACCAGUCAGUCAGAUUGCUUCUAACACUGCCAUUUUGAGUUUAAAAAAAGGUGAAAUCGAGCUGGAUGGAGUUGCUUCAGAGCUUGGCUAGAGGUCCCAAUGAAAAGUUGUAUUUUAUCCCCUGGGGCCAUAGAAACUGGUGCAAGUUCUUGUAUAUUGCUAUUGUUAGCGAGCCAAAGACAUGUACUGGUUUUAUUUUAGCAACAAUGCAUUUGACCAGUCUUCCAAGCUGCAUGAACUGUCUCCAUCAAACUGUGACCUUAGAGGCUCGUGGUAUUUAAAAUAUUGAAGCGCAGCACAACCCCCCUGAUGCCCUUAUGUAUAGUUCAUGCUCCUUCCAAGUCCUACAGUCAUCACACACCCGGUGCAGUUAUCUCAAUGCAAGUACCAAGUGUUAUAAACAUUAGGUGCAAGACGACAUUGUUUUGAACUUGAAGAGGAAGUACUCCAUGCAUAAUGUUUUUUUUUUUUCUUUUUCAUUCGGAAGCAGUUGUUGCUCCUCCUCACUGUGUACAAUUGUACAAUGAGUUCGCCGAAAAAAAAAAAAAAAAGCAUAUACUGCAACAAAUAAACAGCAAUAUUUUCCAGCA